AUUUGGGAAUCGUUCAACUGUCAAAAGUGUGUUUAUGCUUACAAAAAAAGAGUUCGCGUUCUUUUACCAACAAUUGGAGCGAAAACUUUUCCAACUGCAAUUAAACCACUUAUUAGAAUUGUAAACUAUAUUCAGCACUAUUCACGAUGAAGUUGGUCAGAUUCUUGAUGAAGCUCAGUCACGAAACGGUAACGAUUGAGCUAAAGAAUGGCACACAGGUUCACGGCACUAUUACUGGUGUAGAUGUAGCGAUGAACACACACCUAAAGGCGGUGAAGAUGACCAUAAAGAACCGGGAUCCGGUAACACUGGAUUCGCUCAGCAUCCGCGGUAACAACAUUCGAUACUAUAUCCUGCCGGACAGUUUACCGCUGGAAACGUUGCUAAUUGAUGAUGCGCCGAAAACGCGAGCAAAGAAACGUGAAGCAAAUCGUGGAGGACCGCGCGGCCGUGGCAGAGGUACCAGGGGAGGACGUGGUGGACCGCGGGGUGGUCGAGGUGGUGGACGUGGACGCGGCAGACGCUAGAUGCGAUCGCGGGACGGAUCGCAACAACCCUCAAACACUAGCCAUAAGAGACGAGUUCAUUUACUAUAAAUAUUGGAGUCAUUUCGAGCGGAUA